AUGUUCGUCCGGUCACCCCGCAGAUUUGCGAUUCUUUCUUGCGUAGCAUUUAUUUUCAUUGUUGCCGUGUUGCAACAGAGCCCGUGGGCAAACGAGAAAGUGUACGAACGCAUUUCGCUAUUCAACUCUGGAACAAACAAGCUAGACCAGGAACCGAUACCACCUCAGGAUGAUGACAAAUCUCUCCCAGAACAGGUCGCAGAUUUGUUGCAUGAGACAGUGCCUGUCGCAACACCAAUCGCCAUUGAUGUCGAGCUGGCGGCUGGAGGAGCGGGCUCCAAUCCGGUAAUACUGCCUGUUCCAAACACCAAGCCUCAUCCACCAUGGGUGACUGCACCUUCGAGAACGGCUUCAUUUAUUCCGCCGACCCCGCGACCGACAAAUGUCAGAGAGUACUUGAAGAAGAUGCUGAAAUGGAGCCGUCCGAGCUGGAAUGGACAUUGGCCACCUUUCUCGGAUUAUAUCAACAUGGAGUACGAUCCAAAUCGGUGGGAGCAAUUUGACAUGGACUUUCGCAUCUACGAAGCCGGGCAUGAUAAGCUCAAUGACUCCAUCGCAUCAGACCCGAUAGCCUAUAAACCAUUUCCGAAGUAUAAUAACCCUGAGUGGAAGAAGAAGUGGAAGGGCGAAUACAACCCUUGCAUAGGCCCGAGAGGUGUGGCACUCAAUGAGAGCACAGACGACGAGGUGCAGGUGUACCGGGGUGUUCCUACCGACUUUCCUCCUGUGUAUGCUGGUGGUUAUGAUGUUGUUGGCCUGGACGAUGAUGUUUGUUUCGAUCGGUAUUCUCGAUACGGUCCCUAUGGCUAUGGCGACGAUGAGUUUCCCGACGAUGUCAAGAAUUGGAUGGCUCCCGAAACUGUGCCCGACUGGCCUCAAGUAAGAUGGGGAGAGCUUCAAGACGAUUGCCUUGCACGCAAUAGCGAACGCUAUCGUCCCGGCGCGAGGACACCAAUCGUCAAGGUUCCCAGCACUGCGCUGCCAGCGCCCGCAGUUGCAUCAUCCGCCUUUGCGACCCCGGAAAACACGAGCAGAGGUAAUCUGGAAAACAGAGAACCGCAAGAGCAAAAGUAUCACCAUCGUACGGCCAUUCUCAUUCGUGCCUGGACUGGCUACACCUAUGAGGAGAACGACAUUACAGCAAUUCGCGCCAUGGUUUCAGAACUCUCGCUUCAAUCCGGAGGAGAAUAUCAGGUAUUCCUCUACGUACAUGUCAAAGACGCCAACAUUCCAAUUUUCUACAACCAAAAAGUCUACGACCAAAUUCUAGAAGAAAAUGUUCCCGAGGAACUCCGCGACAUCGCAAUCCUCUGGUCAGAAGCCAUCUUUCCCGAAUGGUACCCCAAAGUUAUGGACUGGCAGGUCUAUUGGCAGCAGUUUAUGUGCUUGCAGUGGUUUAGUCUGACGCAUCCCGAAUUCGACUAUGUCUGGAACUGGGAGACAGAUGCUAGGUAUACUGGGCACCACUAUCACUUUUUUGAGAAGAUUAGCGAGUUUGCGGACAAACAACCUAGGAAACUACUAUGGGAACGAAACAAGCGGUAUUACAUUCCGAGUGUACAUGGGGAUUAUCAAUCGUUCGUCGAGAAUACGCACAAGGACGUUCUCAAUGCGUCAGCAAAUUCGCUCAUUCCGUCGCCAGUAUGGGGUCCCCGACCGUGGGUACGAGCGGAUCCUCCACAGAAACCGCUUGGCCCAACACCACCGACGAGCUUUGAGGAUGACGACUUCGAGUGGGGUGUCAAUGAGCCAGCGGACUUCAUUACACUCCUACCAAUGUGGGAUCCUCGGAAUACAACUUGGUCCUACAAGGACAAGAUCUGGAACUAUCUCCCUGGCAUUCGACCAAUCUUCACCCCAGAAGACGGCCACGCAGACUCGUUCACGCACGAAGACUUCGAGCAGAUCGAUCGCCGGGUUUUCAUCAAUACUGUUGUGCGCUUCAGCAAGAGAAUGUUGCAGGCUAUGCACGAGGAGAAUCUUGUGGGACGCAGCAUGCAAGCUGAAAUGUGGCCCUCGACUGUAGCUCUCCAGCACGGGCUCAAAGCCGUGUAUGCACCACAUCCCAUCUUCAACGACCGCCAUUGGCCUGCUGCAUAUUCGGAAGCAAUUUUCGAUACUGCAUCAACCGUUGAUCCGUAUACUGGUGGCGCCGUUGAAAGUCGACAGGGAGCGUGGACGGAGGAAGCCGAUUCGCCGUACAACCACGAUCGCGAGUACAACUUCCAGGGUUGGUCGUGGUAUUAUGCAAGCAGGUUCCCGCGCAACCUGUACAGAAGAUGGCUCAACUGGCCCAUUGCUAAACAGAUGUGGGGCGAGGAUGACCACAUCGACGGUGGACCGGGCUUCGACGGGAACUUAGAGGAGCAGAGGAUGUGCAUGCCAGGGAUACUACUGCAUCCUGUGAAGAGAAUGGUCAAGGACAAGGCAAAACUGUGA